GUGGCAAUGUUCGUGCUUGUACGUCGAAUGAGUAAAAGUCUUGAAAUCGUAAUAAACAACAGAAAGUAAAUAAUUAGAGUGAGACGCAUGUCGACGAGGUUCAGCAGAAAAACUCUGUGAUUCCAUUUAGUCCUCGGAUCGACAGCAGCGCCCAGCACCAUUAUCCUGAUGCCUCCAUCCCCUCUAGACGAACGGAUUGUUGGUGUGGUGGCAUUACCGAGGCCGGUCAGACCGCAGGAACUCCAUCUCCGCUUGGAUAACACCUACGUGGCUUCUACUCCAGCGACCACUGCCCCGACUUCUAGCAAGCCGAAAAUCCAGAGCACGACCCUCAGCCCAGCGGCUAGGGUUUCGUUCCGAAGCGUCAACUUUACGUAUAUGCCAUCAUCCAACGGCUCGGUGCGCUCCCUGUCCUGCGGAUGCAGCAGCGCUAGUUGCUGCACUGUGACCACCUACGAGAAUAAGGGCAACGGGGGCGAUCAGACCCAAGGAUCAGUGGGCAGCGGCAACCUCGUCCCAGCCUCCGCUUCUAAACUCGGGACUUCUGCAAACUGUGUCUCCUGUGCGAGUAACCAGAUGGUGAGCAACAGCAGCAGCAAUGAGAACGGUGGCACUCUGACCCCCCCAGCUUCUGCUUCUGCCGGGGGACUUGGAGGACUCCUGUCUCCUCCAUCAAGUGGAGCCGCCAAGCACAUCGCCGGCGUCCGCACGAUUUACCCCACCGAAUUAGCCAAGAAAUUGACCAAAUGCAGCAAGGGCCCCCAGUCACAGAGCCAAGGUCCUGUGAUCAUAGACUGCCGCCCCUUCAUGGAGUAUAACAAAAGCCAUAUCCAGGGAGCCGUCCACAUUAACUGUUCGGACAAGAUAAGCAGACGGAGGCUGCAGCAGGGCAAAAUCACGGUAUUGGAUCUCAUCUCUUGCAGGGAAGGCAAGGACUCCUAUAAAAGGAUUUUCUCCAAGGAGAUAAUAGUUUACGAUGAGAACACUAAUGAACCCAACCGGGUAAUGCCCUCCCAGCCACUGCAUAUAGUGCUGGAAUCGUUGAAACGAGAAGGCAAGGAUCCAAUGGUUUUAAAAGGUGGACACAGCAGUUUCAAACAACACCAUGAGAACCUCUGUGAUCACUCCCUGCAGCUUCAGGAGUGCCCGGAUGCAGGGGGAGCCUCAGCAGUUCCAACACAGCUACCUCAGUCCAUCCCCACCACCCCUGACAUUGAAAAUGCUGAGCUGACCCCCAUCCUACCCUUCCUGUUCCUAGGAAACGAGCAGGAUGCUCAGGAUAUAGAGAAAAUGCAGCGGAUGAAUAUCGGCUACAUCAUUAACGUAACUACCCACCUGCCUCUUUAUCAUUAUGAGAAAGGUAUCUUCCAUUAUAAACGGCUACCUGCCACUGAUAGCAACAAGCAGAAUCUCAGGCAAUACUUUGAAGAGGCCUUUGAAUUUAUUGAGGAAGCACACCAGUGCAGUAAGGGGCUACUCAUUCACUGUCAAGCAGGUGUCUCACGUUCUGCUACGAUUGUUAUAGCCUAUCUGAUGAAGCACACACGGAUGACCAUGACUGAUGCCUACAAAUUUGUUAAAGGAAAGAGACCAAUUAUUUCUCCAAACCUCAAUUUCAUGGGACAAUUGCUAGAGUUUGAAGAAGACUUAAACAAUGGAGUCACUCCACGAAUUCUGACACCAAAGCUGAUUGGGGUGGAGACAGUUGUCUAAUGUGGCUUGGCCAACUUUUAGGAGUUUUUUUUUGACAGGAGAUAUUUUUCUCCCCUUGAUGCUUUGAAGCAUCCAGUAUGCUGGAACUGAGAACCUAAAAAAAGACUGCACCAUCAUUGAUGGGGGAAUUAUGGAGUUGGUGGUCUGUGCAGGUUCAUAGACAGCAACAAAGAACUGGAAAUGAAGUGAAGAAAAUGAUAAUGAAGCUAUGAUCUGGAGAUUUCCUGAGGAAUAUCCUUUCAACUCAUCUAAAGGAUGCCAAAGCAAAUUGGUCACUGGUCACUGUGAGGGAACCCAACACACCACAUAGCUGUGAUUAAUCUCCACCUAGCUAAUGAAGAAGGACAGAAACCUGAUUAUUUUGUGUGUUCAGGGCCUGUUGAUGCCAGUUAUAUUUUUCUAUAAGGGAUAAAAACAAUUACGGGAAUUAAAUUAAAAUGGUGUCCUCGAUAACAUGCCAUUUGAGGCUCAUUGUGCAAUAAUUGAUUUGGGAGUGAAAAACCAAAUGGAUUGAGAUGGGUGCAUUUUCCUUAUGUAAAUAUGCAGUAAUAAAACAGUAACAUGCACCUAGUCAGAGCUGGGGAAGAAAUCAAUAAAAAGCAAUUUUAGUUUUGAUUUAAAUUCUGGUCACAGUGCCAUAUGUACUGGUGCAAUUUCUUAGAAACAUAUUGGAUCAGAAUGUUAAGGAAAAACAUUAUUUAAUAUUUUUCACACAAUCUCAGUGUGUUACUGUUGUCAGUGUAUAAUUUUCUUUAUAAAAAAGUUAUGAAUAACCACAUCUUGUUAAUUUUUAUGUUUCCAUGUGUCAUGUUUUCUUAUUGUGCAAAACACCUCCACAGGAGUGAUGGGGACGCAGAUAAUUGAGCUGUUUCCUGUAACAUAAGGCAGAGGAGAAUGUAGUGCAAAACACAACGGCCCAGAAAAUGUUUUCCAUUGGGAAAGAUGAAUUGGGCUGCUGUGUGUUUUGUGUAUGGACCUCCCCAUCCAUUUAAUAAUCUAUUGUGCUCAAUGUCUUUCUUGAGCAUGCUCUUUUAUUAGGAGUGGCCC